CGCAUAUACAUAUAUAUAUAUACAUAUAUAUACAUAUAUAUACACACUAUAUAUACAUACAUACGUACACUCACCACGCGCACCCCCACGAGUCGUUCCUUGCCCUUCCAACCACGAAGACGAACAAGAACGACUUUUCCUCUUUUUUUCUCGUGUUACUCCGAGAUAAAUUGAAAUCGAAACCGGGCGGCUCUCGAGCGAGGAAGUGUGCACACGGUCUCUCGCGUUCGGUGCUCGGUACUCGCGAUACUCGACAUAAAUCCGUGAUCCGAGUCGCCGGAACUGGCCGGAUCGAAGGAGCACGAUUGUAACCCGGAAGAGACGACAUUAUCAGUACGUACUUACGGCGAAACCGGACGAGGGGAAGACAAGAGGGAGGAGCAGGACGAGACAGCUGCCACGCUGAGCUCAGUGUACUUCAACCUGUGGAGGGUCGCGAGAGAGUGCAUUUGCGGCAGCAGGUCGCGGUGCAGACAAAGUGGGAUGAGACGCCCUCAGCAAGAACAUCUCCAUCAUCAUCACCAUCACCAUCAUCAUGGACCCUCAACAAGCCCCACGUGCUCUCGUCAAACACACGAUAAGGACGAGUCUCGCCUCGCUCGCGUGAAGCGCGUCCUGGCAGGUUCGCUGUUGGGCCGCGCUGGGUCCAGCAGGAUCUUCGGCACCCGGCUGGAGCUGAUCGAGUCGUACCUCGACACGGGCGUGCCGUACGUCGUGCACCGGCUAUGCAGCUACAUCGAGGCGCACGGCUUCCAGAGCGCGGCGGUGUUCCGCUUGUCGGGCGGCAGUCCGCGCCUGGCGGAGCGGCUGAGGGCGGCCUUCGAGCGACGGGGCGACGCCGAUUUGGAGGCGGCCGGGUGCCCGCCGACGGCCGCGACCCUCCUACGCCAGUAUCUGAAAGAAUUGCCGCAGCCGGUCGUACCAUCCACCCUCGUCGGCAGACUGCUCAACAUUCACGCCCAGAGCUACGCGAACGAUCACGACUCGUGGAUCGCCUCGACGAAGGAACUGCUGUCGACCCUGCCGUCCUCGCAUUACCGUCUGCUCGGCUACCUGACGAUCUACCUUAGCCGGUACGAGGCGCGACAUGGACGCAGCGCCGGAGUAUGCGGUGUUUUCGCACCCGUCAUCCUGCCGCACGUGCCGCCCGCGACCACCCUCCUGCGGGACAUCCUCGCCGAGGCGCUGGUGCUGUUUCCAGACUGUAUCCGCGAGAGCACGGUGAACGGCUUGGUACCCGCCGGCGACUGCAAGAUCUGCAAGGAUACGAGAGACGAGCCGAAGGACUCCGAGGGCGCGUCUCUGCUCUGCGCGCUGAAACCGCGUAAGCGCAAGGAACGUCGCGAGUCCUGCUGUCAAGAACGGAAGCUGAUAAGGAGUAACAGCGAGGAACGCGUUCUCGACAGUCCCACUGACGUCGCAGAUACGAUCAGGCGCGUGAGCAGCCACGAAGACUUCAAUAGCCAGGAACAUUUGCACAUUUUAUCGCAACUCGGCCAAGACAUGGGUCACGGUGUGAGAUGUGGCGGAUUGCCGUUCCACGAGAGAACCAACGUUUCGCCGGUGUCGAAAAAAUCGUCGUCGGUGCCGUCGCCAUGCGAGGUGGUUGUGGCGACUGAAAAAUAUGAUUGCGACGCCGAGAGGUUGAGAAACAGCGAACGCUUCAGCAGAAGCAUCACCCCGAGAGGCAGGAGACAAGCGCGUAGGAGAAGAGUGCACAGAGUCCCGGAUACUGAUCAGAGUUCCAGCAAGGAAAACGAAGAGGAGCCUGAAAAUAUGUACAUCUCCAACGUAUCACCGAAUCCUGGCAGUCAUAAUGGCUCGCCAGCUCAAAGCUUUCUGGAGAUGUUGAGCAGCGGACCGAGCAGAUCACCUUCGCCAGCUCGACCGCCCACCAUCGAUCACGAGGACGUGAAUAAUCCCAGUUUGACCAAUUGGGGCUUUCAACACUUGGAAGGAAAUGAAGAAGCAGUGGACGCUCGUGUGGAAGCUAUGCUCUCGCCGAGGAACUCGCUGUUGCUACCUAGGAGAUUUUACUCCGAGGAGGAGAUACAGCCGAGUACGCUUAGCUCAUCGGAAAUGGGAUUGAAGAACCUUGCAAAGCACAUUAACGGCCUGAAGAAGAAGAUCAAGAAGUACGAGGACGAAUUUGAGGAAAACUUCGGCUAUCGACCGAGUCACUCUGACAAAAUGAGCAAUCGCGACAUCAAACGGCUGUGCACGGAGCUCAAUAAGUUGCGAAAGGAACAUAAAUUACUGAAGGAGGAUCCGAUAGGUGCGCUUCUGGCCAACGCCAACAAUCGGCUAAACACCACCAGCAGCCCCAUAAAUAACAACAACGGUCACGAAAAAUCCCGUGCGACGUCCAUGGAAGAGGUGGUCAAGGAGGCUGAGAAGAAACUCAACGAGAAGCGCAUCAAAUAUAACCGGCCCGACAACAUGGAGGAGCUCAAUUACGAUCAGUUGUUGGACGAGAAGACGGCCGUGCAAAAGGCAUUGCUUCACAUCGAGAAUACUUUUGGCAGACCAGUCUCUAAGGAAGACAGAACGGUCGUGCGACCGUUGUAUGAUCGGUACAGAACUUUAAAGAGAUUGCUCAUCAGAGCGGGCGCGAGUAAGAACAAGGACAGCGUUUCGGAACUGGCCACGAUUUUAGAACAUGAGACAAUGGAUUUUACGUCAUCGAAUCUACCGGGAAAUCCCGUGGAGACUGACAGAAGAGCCAGCGAACCUGACAUGUCACAUCGAGGGAUCUUGGACUGUAUCGAUCCCGUGGAUCAAUUACCAACCGACAGCGACAGUGGGCAUAGCAGCAGUGAAGGUAGUCGCGGUGCCGGUGAAAGUCUUCACGCUCUUCCCCAAGAAGAAUUACUGAUACAACAACGUGCCACUCGAGAGGAGAAGAAACGACUUCGUAGGGCAUUGAAGGAAUUAGAAGCGCAGUUCGAAGCCCGAGCUGGUCGUCGUAUGCAACGUGAGGAUCGCGGACCGCAAGUCACCACCGUGUACGAAUCCUACAAGCAGGCAAAAGCGAAACUGAGACUGAUUGAUGCCCUCAUAGCUAAGAAGGCUUGACGUAGUAUUUAAUUCGCGAGUACUGAUGCGAGACAACAUUGUUGAAAACUUUUAAGCGACCUUUGAACGUCUGUAAGAGGAUACAGUUGUCGCACUACGCAGCCAUAUUCAUCGCCAUCUGCAAUUCCUGCAUCGUACGGCGAUGAUUAAAAAGGCCUGAAAAAGCAAUAUCUGCUGAAGUGAAGAACACAACUGUAACGUAACGAGAAUCUAUCUAGAAUCAAAAAAAUUUCGAGAACAAAAACGUGAAAGUGGAUAAUAUUUGUGAAAGAUUUACUUCGCCUUCGUAAGAUCGUGCAUACCGUAUAUUCCCUUAUACGGUUUCUUUUCGAUAGCAGAUUCCGUUCGCGUUACAACGCUGGGGAAAUGAUACCGAAUGUUUUCAAUGCUAGCGUAUCUUUUUUACAGCAUCCUUUUCGGUCAACAUAAUCGAUAUGUUAAAAGUACGCAUAAAUGAACAACAUAUAGCAAUAGUAUGUCUACAGAAUAAAAUCAUAAUAUCGUGGUAGUACAUUUGAACUCUUUAAAAGCGCUAAUAAUUCUACAUAAAAUGGUUAUUACGAUGUGAUGUAUCGUAAUUGUUCGAUGAAAUAAUCGCGUAUCUUGUUCACUUUAUAUUUAACGUGUUCGUUUGCAAUGGAAGAUUUCCAUUUGAUUGUCCUCCAUUCAUUUCAUCGUGUAUGCAGCAUUAGGGUACAUUUUUGCCGUUAACGAGAAACUGGAUGCUUAUUUUGAUAUAUUUACAGUUUAUGAAAUUGAUCAGUUACGAAUAUAUAAAAAUGUACUUAUAUUUUAUAUAUUUAUAUAUAUAUAUUUGUUGCAAAGAUUGCUAAACUCUUGUUUGUAUUUAAAGUGUCAAGUUUUAUAGCGAUUAACGCAAGAACAGAUAUUGAACAAACAAGGAUGUGUCAUUUUAAAUCGUUAAGGCAACUUGAGAUCUAUCCAAUAUAAACGACGUGUAUCGUACGAUUGCGAGAAACGUGUCAGGCAGAGCACAUUUAUUUCAAAGUCAAAUAUAAUUUUAUUUUUGUAACAUUUACAUCUCGAGAAGAAUAGGAACCAUUUAAUAUUCUUUCAUUAUCGGGAGGAGUUUUUGUUUAGUUUUGUUGAUUGUGAAGCCGGUUGAAUUUUUCUCACUGAUGAUAAUUAUUGUAAUCGAUAAGACUUAAAAGAGAAAAGAUAGAGAUAAAAGCAGGUGUCCAUACAAUGAUUAACGUUUAUUAUGGACACGAUAUUUAUUUUAUCAUCUUACGCGGUAAUUGCUGAAGUCUAAUGAUGAAAGAGUAAAGAACGAAUCUGUGGGGUUACUCGUAACGUAAGUACCUUGUAAGAGAUAUCACAUGUUGUAAUAUUGUAGAGUACUAUAAAAUGUUACGAUCUUAAUAACGUAUUAAAAGAGAAAGAGAGAAAAAGAAUAUUCACUAAGAGAAGCUCGUUGAUUUUUGCGUUUAUAUUUUUGUACAAGUACGAUUUUAAGGCCAUUCGCAAUGUAUACACACACAACCGACUAGGGACUACUAUCGUAAAAACGCCUUAAAAUUCCACUUGGAUCGAUUUUUUCACUUAGAAUCUCGAGAAUCAAGGGUGCUAAUGGCUUGAGUUCUACCGCAUGCCGACUAACACGAAAGAAAUGCUUUGCGAAUCUCACUGUUGAGUUACAUCGCGCCGAAGGGGGUUUUUUUUCUCAUUUUACCACGACACAGCGACGAAGUCAGCCAUCAUUUCAGAAUCGAAAGUUCUUAAUAUGUAAUCGAGACACAAAAGCCGCGGUGGUUAUAAUUCUUCUGGUAUCAAGAAAAACGAAGAUCGGCGUGAAAACUCGCUGAUCCCGCAGGAUAAAAUUAACGAAAAUAAUCAUAUAUCGAUGGCAGCGAAGCGAACACAUAAAUGCGAAAUGCGUAUUCGUUCUAAUUAACAAAAAUCGGUAAGAAAAAAAAAGAAGGAAAGAUCAAGACAAUUUUUUAGACCAAAGCAUUUUUUAGUCUGUGAUAUAAUGAGAGAUAUAUUUGCGUUAAGAUGGGAGAGUGUGUGUGUGGAGUACUCGGUUCCGUUUCUGUUUUCUUCUUUUCGUGAAAACAAUUUUGUAGAAGAGCAGGCUAAAGGGAGAUGAUUUUUCCGCCGAUGAUUUCUUUGCAGGAGGUGAUUGAAAUCGGCGAUAUCUUUCUUCAAAAGAUCCUACAGCGACGACGAUAGCAUUAAUAAAGCAGAGUCCUUUUUCGAAAGAACGGUUGGAGACAGAGAUUACGAGAAAAUGGAUUUUUUCGUAGGCCAGUGAUCGAAACGAAUAUGAAAAUAAAUAUUAAAUAUUCAGCAAGGAUGCAUCACUUUGCUAAUUGGUCGAUCCAUGAAAUUAAUUAGUCUCUUAUCCGCUGCCGUUUAAUUACUUCUUCGUCAUUUGAUACGUAGCGACUAAAAAUGUGCGACAGUAGGAGCACUUUAUCGCCGCGAUAAGAUCGUUCUCCGCGCUCGCCGCGGGAUUCUUGUCCUCCAUCCGUACUGCCAAAAGGACUGCGCUGUACACGAGAGAAAAUUAAUUUUUGUAUUCGAUUGUGCCCACAGGAGUGUUUUUAUUUCUCGCGGGUGCACUUAAGCCGCGCCCCUCCACUAGUAAAAAAGAGAGAGAGCAAAUUAGUAUUAUCGUAGAUAUAAGAUAACAUUUUAUAUUAACGUUAACUAAGAUACAUUUUGUAGUGGAUAGUACCUUUAACGCAUAAGGAUAGAUCGCGUGAUUCUGUGUAGACGCUUUGAAAGGAAAGGAGAGAAAGAGAGAGAGAGAGAGAGAGAGAGAGAGAAAAUGCAAGAAUACUUUAAAAAAGAAGACAGAAUAUAGAGGGAAGCGAAGAAAAGAGAACAUUUUAUUUAGCAAAGCUAAGAGACAUGCUAGAUCGUGACUCCUUUAAUUAGUACUUCAAAAAAAAAGAAAAACGCUAGAUAUUCCGUGCAAAUCACAUGAUCUACGAACAUAUCUAGAGAGAUUAGAAUCUUACGACAGAUGGAAAGAAUCGAAAAAAGUGCAAAAAAAGAAAUCAGUAGCGUAACGAUCAAUUUCUCUUGGAUAUCGUAACUGCAACUGACGAUUACAACCGACCGUGAGAGUCGCGACGACGAGAAAUCCGUAUCUAGCUGGAGUCCUAAGAAAACCAUCUUCGGCGUUUAUACACACAUGUUGAUUCUGUAUAUACAUAUAUAUAAAUAUAUUAUAUGUAUAGAGGCACACAACAAACAAACACACACACACACACACACAGAAGACGAAGAGCUGCGUAUACAGAAUUACAUACAACCCAUUCACGCAUGCGAACGAAUAAUACACAUUAUUAUGGGGUAGCAGGCAGAAUCGAAUAAAAUGGAAAUAUGAUCUGCUGGAAA